AUGUUUUUCCAAGCCGCACUUGACCAAAGGAAGAUCACAAGGACCCACAGAAUCCUAGAAAGUCCUGGUGUCAAAUGCGCGGAAGAUCGCUAUUGGAAGUUACGACAGUGCCCUUGCCUGCUCAGUGUCUUGUUGCAGAAACAAGGCCGAGAUGAUUCGAACUACACUGGCUCCCUUGAAGGACAAAAUGAGCUGCUCCAGUUCUUGAAGGCCAUUCGACCAGAAUGGUCCUUCCCGAAGAAGAACGGCAAGAGCAAUGUUAGAAGUGUCAUGGACAAAUUAAAAGCAGUUGGUGUCACAAGCGUGUGGGGUCUUUUCCGCGCCGUCAUGCGGAACACCAUCAACGAAGAUCUGGCCCAAGCCGGGUACUCCGUGUUGAGCAAGGAGACUCUGGAUCGAAUCCGGAAGAGGAUGAGCUUCUUUCGGCAGCUGGAUGUGCUGACUGAAACCGACUGCCGACAGACGGGAGCCUUCGCACCAGUACCCCAGCUGCUGUCACAGAAGAAGCUGGCCUACUGGAGCAAAGUGGCUCCACAGGUUCAUGACGGCAACAAGACGGAUGACAGGUCAUCGUCUCCAGAGGGCAGAGCACGCUCCUCUCAGAGGCGAUCCAGAGCUGUCACCGACAAUACCAAUUCGAUCGGUCCAACCAGCAUUCCUCUGUCGAGCUUCACAGGCUCCUUAUCGGCACCGACGUUGGACUCAACACAUGAGUCCAGCCAGAUAUGGGCAGUGGAAGACUUGGAGAUGGAAAGGCCGAAGCUCAGAGGUGUCAGGAAGCCUCUGCACGCGGGUCGAUCUGCGGCAAAAAGUCGCGAGGGAUUGGAGAUGUUCAGGCCGUCCGACAGCGAGGCCGAGAUGCAGGAGCCUGAAAGAUGGGCUCUGAAAUCUUCUCUUCGUCCAGCCGCAAAAACAUGGCAGGCUGGCGACCCCAGGGGCGACCCUAGGUUUCCGACAUCUUCAGACAUUGAAAAGCCGCCCAAGAUUGGCCUGCUUCGGCAAGCAAGCCAGAUGUCCUGUCCAGGGGAAGAUCAGUCGACUGCAUCACUCCUGAUGCAAGCUCCUCCUGAUAUGAGCCGUUUGCGACUGGGUAGUGGGCAAAGCAGCAGCGUGAUGAUUGUUACCACUCCUGUCAACAGGACAAACAGUGUUUCCAUGGAUCGAUCCAGCAGCUGCCAGCAUUCUCAGGAUGCUGACACUUUGUUGUCAGCUGUGGAGCGGCUUCAUCAGGAGGCGGCAGCCAUGCAGGAUUUCCGUCCGCCGAGUUGGUCGGUGCUGCGCCGUCAUCCUGAAUCCCUAAUCGAAAAUGGCCAGGCCAUGCUCGACGAGCAAGAAGCCCUCCAUGAGAGGUCCAAACUGUACAAGCUGAUGCAGCAAGAAGGUCUCUACUCCCCGAUGCGCCGUCAUGUUGCUGAGAAUGUCAAAUCUCGAUUGAAAGAGGAGAGCGACAAGGUGGCAGCAGAGGGGCUGGAAAUGCAGCACAAAUGCACAAACAUUCGGAAACAUCUUGGCCAGAUGAUGAAUGCCAGGAGAGACCUUGCAUCUUUGCGACGUGCCAUUGUUGGUAGGAACAUUGACCCGGAUGAGCAGCUGAAGUCCGGCUUGCUGCUGAUGGGUUGA